AUGAGAGUGAAAAAGGAUAAUGCCGUGGGCAUGAUAGACCCAUCUCUGCUGCUACGUCCCGAGAAGGUGUACGAUGGCAAACCAGUAGAAGCAUUCCGCGACUACUCCAUGGACGACAACGAUCCCAUCCGGGAGCGUGUGCGUAGGACCUAUUACACCAUGCACACCAACAUGACCGUCGACUUUGUAAAAAGUAAAAUGGACCAUUGGCUCAAGUUUAACCACUUUAAGUUAACGGUUAAGGAUGCACUGAUCAAACUGAACGAGUUGGUAGACGAGUCAGACCCGGAUACAGAUCUGCCCAACAUCGUGCACGCCUUCCAGACCGCUGAGCGCAUCCGACACGACUAUCCCGACGAUGAUUGGUUCCAUCUCACUGGACUCAUCCACGACCUCGGCAAGGUUAUGGCAUUCUAUGGCGAGCCGCAGUGGUGCGUGGUGGGCGACACGUUUCCCGUCGGAUGUAAGUGGGGCAAAAGCAUCGUGUACGGCGACGACAGUUUUAAGGAUAAUCCUGACACUUACAACCCAAAGUACAAUACCGAGUGCGGGAUGUACGAGCCAAACUGCGGUAUAGAGAACCUGAUGAUGUCGUGGGGUCACGACGAAUAUCUUUAUCGGGUGCUCGUUCACAACAAGUCCACCCUGCCUAAGGAAGCACUCUAUAUGAUAAGGUACCACUCGUUCUACCCGUGGCAUGCUGGCGGUGACUACAGUCAUCUUAUCACCGACAAGGACAGCUAUAUCAAAGAAGCCGUACUUAAGUUCAACCAAUACGACCUGUACACGAAAAGCGCGGGCGUGCCGGACAUCGAGGCGCUGUGGCCCUACUACGAGGGUCUUAUAGAGAAGUACAUUCCCGGCGUGCUCGAGUGGUAG